ACAGAUUUUGUAUACAGUGUAGUUUUGACAUCCCAUAUAUCAAGUUAUAUUUUCUACUUUACAUAAGUUGUAUAAUAAAUUAAUAAAAUGGCCACAAAACGUAAACACAUCGAGGACGAAUUGUCUCGUUUCGAAGCAGAAAUAUCCAAACCUACUUCACAACCUACACGCAAUUUGUUUGUUCCCAGUCAAGUACGACCUAUAAUUGCUGCAAACACCUAUAGUCAGGUACAGCAAAAGUUGCAGCAACAACCAUCUCACACCACUGCGUCUACACCAGCAACAUCGUCGUCAUUUACACCCGUGCAAGCUCCUCGUAUAUCUGUACCGCCGCCGACAAUUCCGCCACCAACAUUCAUGUCAACAUUUGUUCCAACGCAGGCUAAUAGUAAUGGUGGUGUAUUAAAAUCUGGCGUGCCACCUUCGUCCAGCAUGAUGGCCACACCAGUCGUAGUUAGCAGUGCACCUAAAUUAUACCAAAGUAGACAAUCGGUGAACGUUCCGGCUACACCACAUAUAGAUAUCAAUGCCAUACAAUUCGACGUAACUCAAAAACUAAAGAAACUGAAAGCAGAAAAAUCUGGUCCUAAUCCCAUAGCAGAAGAAGCAAUUAAAGCUGCAAGAGCAUCAUCGGCUUUGCAAUCGUUUCAAACAAGUGAACGCAAAAAGAAAGACCGCAAAACAAUUCGUGUAGCCGGUGGGACUGUUUGGGAAGAUUCUUCAUUGGCGGAUUGGCCAGAUGAUGAUUUUCGCAUAUUUUGUGGUGAUUUAGGUAAUGAUGUAAAUGAUGAAGUUUUAACCCGGACAUUUAAUAAGUAUCCAUCGUUUCAAAGAGCGCGUGUGGUGCGAGAUAAACGUACUGGUAAGAGUAAAGGUUUUGGUUUUGUAAGUUUUCGGGAGCCGGCAGAUUUUAUACGUGCUAUGAAAGAAAUGGAUGGCCGAUAUGUUGGUAGUAGGCCAAUAAAAUUGAGAAAGAGUACAUGGAGACAGCGCAGUUUGGACGUGGUUAAAAAGAAGGAGCGCGAGAAACAAUUACUAUUGCAGUCAUUCAAUUCCUAAAUAAGACUUAAUUUGGAAUAUAUUCGAUACCUAAACUGCGUACUAACUAGGAGUACUGAAGUUUUGUAUUUUGUUGAUUUUAGUUUUAGAUAUUAAAAGUUGUACAAGCAACUUGUACGACAUUGAAAAUAAACAAUAUUUUAUAACAA